CCAUGAGUCUCUUCGGUCUGGGCAGGAACCAAAGGACAUUUCGCCCGAAAAAAAGUGCACCUUCGGGGAGUAAGGGGGCACAGCUGAGAAAGCACAUUGAUGCAACAUUAGGUAGUGGAAAUCUGAGAGAAGCAGUAAGACUUCCUCCAGGGGAGGACGCUAAUGAAUGGCUGGCUGUCAACACUGUGGACUUCUUCAACCAGGUGAACUUGCUGUAUGGUACCCUCACAGAGUUCUGCACUCCAGAAAACUGUCCUACAAUGACUGCAGGCCCCAAGUAUGAGUACAGAUGGGCAGAUGGUGUACAAAUCAAGAAACCAAUUGAAGUUUCAGCUCCAAAAUAUGUUGAAUAUUUGAUGGAUUGGAUUGAAGGUCAAUUAGAUGAUGAAUCCAUAUUUCCUCAAAAGAUUGGUGCCCCUUUUCCUCUGAACUUCAGGGAAGUAGUGAAAACUAUAUUCAAACGCCUAUUCCGCGUUUAUGCUCAUAUUUACCACUCUCACUUCCAGAAGAUCGUAAGCCUUAAAGAGGAGGCCCAUCUAAAUACCUGCUUCAAGCAUUUCAUACUGUUUACCUGUGAAUUUGGGCUGGUUGACAAGAAGGAGCUAGCUCCACUUCAAGAGCUCAUAGAAUCCAUUGUUGUCCCUUACUGAAACUGGUUGUGUGCUUUGCACAUUAAGGCUGAUGUAAUAAAAAAAAAUGCUAAUUAGUGGUUGGCUAAUAGAGUUUGCCUAAAAUGCUUGAUAUUGUUAAUCCUAUGUUAAGUGCUCUGUGGUUAGUGUAUCUCUAAUUGUUACCUUGCUAAAGUUCUUCAGAACAUAAAAAGGUUAACUGGUCUCUGUAACCUUAAGGGCUGUGAAGACAGCCUAUAUCAGAAACAUCUGUACAUUUGAAAAAUCAGUUAUGUAAUUGUGUCCCUUGUGUUUUUGUUGA